AUGUGGGAAAAUUUGGACCCUGUUUGGGGAACGGGAGCCUUUGAAAAGUUUUAUUCAGGUGUGUUCGGAGUUCUGUUGUCGUCACGUCCAGAAGAGCUGGAUGAAUGGUGGGAUCUUAAUAAAGAGUGCGUACAGUUUGUAGAUGCUCACAUCAAAUAUUUAUCUAACCCAUUAUAUUCGUUGCCUCGUGAUUCUGCAUUAGACGUGCGUAGUGGAGGCUCUCAGUUAGGGGGGUUUUUGAGAGAAAGGUUCCCAAAAACAGCAGAGUUGCUCUUAGAACCUCAGGUCCUAAGGUUGUGUGAGGAUAUAUCUGUUGAGCUUUCUUUGCAUCAACUAGAAGUUUUUGGAUUCAUAGAUUUAGCUCUUCAGGACCCUUCUCUACAAUCUGAUUCUGGGCAAGUCGAACUUGCUAGUUUGUCCUCCACAAUUUUAGAAUUAUAUUGCAGAGAACUCAAAUUCCUGUUAUUGAUAAUCCGAGAACUGGCAAAUAAUAGCCACCCUUGUGUGGUACUGGGUGUUCUAUGCGAUUCUGACUCAGACCUUGAUAAUAGAGAAGAACAAGCUUCUUCAGAUUCUCCAGGCGAAUCUAAAGCUGGAAGUGCAUUCACUUCUCAGUGCCCACCAAUAUGUAUAUAUGGUUGUUCAAUGAUCCUAGAGUCAGGCUUUAUUCGAAAUGCAGUAAAUUCUGUCUUUCAAAGUAUCCAGGAAGUAAUAAAACUUGGCCAAGCUAAUAUUAAAACUGACUCACAAUCCAUGGUAGAUUUACCAAGCAACUCUGAAACGUCAGAUUGCCUGAGAGAUCAUUAUAGAAACGUAAUUAUUCAGUUAACAGACACUAUUGCAAUUUUGUUGUCACGAUUUUCUCCUAACCUUGAUGAGGUUGAAGCCUUAAUGGAAUUAAUUCCAAAUGCUGCAAGAAUGCAACCCAGCUUCCUUACAAAUAGACCAACAGCUGCUGACUUCGAUUCAUGGGAUGGUUUUGGAACUCUUUUUUCUGAUUAUAAUGGGAAAGGUUCUGGGUCAGAAUGCCAAGACUCAAAGCAAGCUAUUAGCAGGUCUGAUACGAGACUAAGUCUUUCAGCAAAAAUUUUAUUGAUAAUAAUUAUAUGUUUUGAUAAUAUGCCUAAUAGAUGGGAAAGAACUAAGAGUAUUUCUGCUACACCAAAUUCUAUACAUGAAACACAUAUUUGGUUCUGUUCUAGUUCUAGAUUACCAAAGUCUUCGAAGAGCAACUUUUUUUCAACUAAACAUUCUUUAAUAACAAAGCUUUCACAAGACGUAACAAUUGGUACUUCUGGCUCUCUCUCAAUACAAGAGGAACAAAGCAGGACUUUAUCUGGUGAGUUUUGGGAUAUAGACGCUCCUCUGGGAAGGUUUGCAGCAUUUUCAAUUAACGGAGCAUUUGGCCAGAACUCAAAGAAGCGAUUUAUGGGUCUUACACACUGGCGUACAUUGAGGUUUAUUCAAGAUGAACUUCUGCCAAGAUUGGAUCCACAGGAUCCAGUCGGGCUAGUAUUUAUACAAGCCAUCUACGAUAUUUGUUCAGUUGCAUUAAGCCCAACUCAAGAUCCAAUUCAGUGGUCAAGAAUUCUUCAACUUCAACGCAGAAUAUUAAUGGAAAGAGACUCUAAAAUAUACUCGUCUGAGCGAGACAACACUCCAUCCAACACCUUGAGGGCUCCAACGAAAAAUUCUGUUCAAACAAGCAAUUCUGAGCCUGUAAUUUCAAUCCUAAGUCCAUUAGUUUGUUGUUUGGAUUCUCUCUGCAGGAGAUACCCUUUGGCAAGUUGGGGAGCUUCCAAAGUACUUUCUAGUUGUAUUGAAAUGUUUCCUACUUUGAGCAUGUACUCAUCAUUUGGAGAAACUGAAGAUGGAACAUCUGCAUCUGUGCCUUUGCCACCGGUACUUUCUGAGCUUUUUGUGGAUUUGUUGGAUCUUGCAGCAACUAUUAUGGCAGUUGGGCAUUAUUCACUUGGGCAGCAGGUUGCUCAUUUUUUACAAAACCAGCCAUCAAACUUCUGGUUCCACCUCCCAUCAAUUCUUCUUUUCAUAUCUAGAACUUUAUUACGAAAAGACGACAUUCUAAGCCAACCAGAGGAUCAUCCUAGGCUUGGAAUAUGGAGUGGAGCUGGACUUGAUAACCCUCGUUCUUUUAGGCCAAUUUGCAGGGCAGUUCUGCGAAUCCUAAGUGCGGGUUUUUCAUCCAGACUUUGUAUUUCAUCCCCUCCUCCGCCUCCACUUCUGAGUCCUUCACUCAAUCUCCAUGAUUCUAGAUCAGUUCCAGACUUUCUUAUCUUACUUCUAAGAGAUUCCUUCGAAAAUAGAAUUUUUGAGGACCCAAAACUCUUAUAUACAUUACUUAUUGGCUCCCUCGAUGUUUUUUCACAGGGUGUUCUUCAUAGUCAGUCAUCGGAAAUACUUGCGAUACUUUCUUCAAAAAUUCCCUUAUUAUCAAAAGUGCUUCAACAUUCAAUUAACCAGAAUGAUUCAGGAAUUUUCCUAAUUAAGUUAUUUUCCUCAAUAAUUUCCCUUCAGUUCAGAAUCUCCAGUAUUAAUCAUUCAAAUUAUUGUCUUAAUGAUGAAAACAAUAGAAAUGCAGUUAACAACACAGAAUAUAACAUUUAUGGGAAAGCAGACAAACAUGGUAAAACAAAUUCUUUUUUUGAUGCAAAUGGAGGCCUAAGUAAAUCACAACUUCCUUUAAUUAGAUGGGUAAUGUUGGAAAUUCUUCCAAUUAUACAUAAAUUAAACUCAAUUCCAACUAUCAGAAAAUGGACAAUCUCGGCACUGGUACUUAAAUUUGUAAGGCUUACACUUUCAAAUCCACUUCCUGAAAGCCAGCAAAACUUUACAGAAGAUUCGGAUGCAACAAUUUGGCUAUUCAGGUGUCUUUUAUCAAUCGACUCCCCUUCCUUCCAUCAACUUAUGGCUCUAGUAAUACCUCCUGAAGAUCCUUUUCUUUCAUUUCUACAAACUCAAAACAGAAACACUUCCAGCAGGCCAAAAUUGCUAACAGCCAAAACUGGUCUUGAAAUUAUUAGAAUAUUAUUUCAGAGGGACAAUCUUUUCCUCUCAUGGGUUAAUUACCAUAAAAGUUCUCUUCGAAGACUCUGUACAGGCUCGCUUUCACGUACUGGAGGACCAAUAAAUAUUCAAGAAGUUUUGUUGGACACUGAAGCUCUUGAUGCAGUCACAUCUUCGGACAGCUCAUUAAUACAUAUUCACGAGCAGUUGGCUCUUCCAGUACAAGAAGAUCUGUCUCCUUCACAAUUUGAAUUGCUUAAUUUAAAGAAAAACGAGUACUAUCGAGUUUCCCUUCUCAGGUAUAUUAUUAUUGGUACUGACCCAGAUCUACUCAAAACAGCAAGUUAUAUAGCUUGCCAACUUCUACAUAGAGACCCAGAGGCGCUUACAGCUCUGCUCACAAGUUCACCUGCACUAUUGCUACAAUUAAGAUCAUCAUUCUCACGUAUAUUCUCAUCUCCUGAUCUUGACAGAUUUCCAACUUCUAUACAAGGACUUAUUCUUGACUCCGAAGACUCUUUUAAUAUUAUUUGGAAUAAUCCAAACUCAUUUAUUCCAGCAGAAUCCGAGUCUGGUACAAAAAGCUACUCUUUAGUUGCCGACCAACAGGCUGUUUAUUGGGAUGAAAUUACAGAAGCUGAUCCAACUUCUUCAUUAUACUCUUGCGAAAAUAACCUCUUGGGAAUGUCCUUCAAGACCCUUCUUCCAAUUCAUAAUGAACUUGAGUUGAAUUACAGAAUUUAUAUUGAUUCACUUGUAGAGUCGGCAGAUUUGUCACUUUGGUGCUCAUUAAAAACCACUCUCCUUGGGGAGUUACCUCUUUCUUCAAAACUGGAAAUUUCCAGAACUAAUGAAGCAGUGCUUAAUGGCUUCCUUCAAUUGCUUCCUCCAACCUUCAUCCCAAAUAAAUCAUCUUUAUAUAACAAAAUCUCAAGAUUCCAUUUAACUAGCACAAGGACAUUAAUUGCUUUUGCACUUUCUAAGGCUAUAGAAGACAGAUUUAUGGUCUCAUCCUCUCUAAUAGGUUCUGUUUCUGUUCCAAAUAUUGCAAUCGGGGCAAGAUCAAAAGCUCUAGAUACUGCAUCUUCAGCUGUACCACUUUUACUAGGAUUAGGACUUGGAAUGGCAACAGACGUACCUACAAUCAAAGAGUAUCUCAUUUUUUCAACGUCAAAUGAUGAAAAUUAUUCGUCAAAGACUUACGAAGAGAUCUAUAUUCCUGAUGCCUCUUCUUCAGCUGAUGAAUCUACCUUCCCAUUAUUAACCAUUAUGGAUAUUCUUUCAGCGCCUCCACAAAUUCCUUUAUCACAUCCCAAUGACCAAAGACCGUGUUUUCCUUCCAUAGAUUUUGCCAUUCUCUCGCAAUUAGAGUUUUAUUACCUUACUCUUCGCUUAACAGUAAACCUUUUAAAAGUACCACAGCUUUUGGACUUCUCUCUCCGUCUUUUGUCCGAAAGAUUUAACUCAAGGUUCUCAAUUCUCAAGGAACGAAUUCUUUUGCCAGUAACCUGGAUACCUCCAGAAUACCGUUGGCUUCAUUUCCUUCAUCUGGCAUUAAUUGUACACUUGGUUUCUUCCGAAAUAUUUGUAGUAUCGCAAGUUUCCUCUGCAUUAAAAGAGAUUCAGUGCUUGGAGCUCCAUAAUUCACUGCUCAGAGACCCAUUCUGGCUUUCAUGUAUCCAAAACCUACAUGCAUUAUUCAGAUUAUUCCUUACUCCCCCCAAAACUUCAUCUUCCUCUCAUGAUCAGCUUGAUAUACUUUCUCCCAUUUUAAAUAUCGCACAUUAUUUUCUUGAAAAUGAAUCAUCACCAGAUAUUGAACUUCUAAUCCAGCAGAAUCCUAGCCAAACAUAUCUUUUCUGUUCUUUUCUCCCAUAUUUAACAGCUCAAACCCAGGUUUGUGGUAUAUAUAGGACCUCUUUACAAUCUAUAGUUCCGGAUCAUUUUGGAAAUCAAAAGUUAAUUAAAGACAGAUUUCCCAUUACUCUCGCACCAUCAAUUAGCUCUAUUUCUUGCCGUCUAUUUAUUAACGAGUACGUACAACUUCUUGGAUUACUUCUUAAUAAAUUUUCAAGAACUUCGCCUCAAAACCAUACAGAGUUAGAGUCAAGAGAUAUAGAUGCUAAUGUAUUUUCAACUCUGCAAACAAUAAUAGAGCUUUGCAGGCCAUUUAUUAAUUUUUCAUUCUUUAAAAAAACUCCGGAACCAUUUUCUUCAGCAAUACUUUCAAUUUUCUCCCAGACUCUACUUACUACUUUAAGACAUGUACAUACUUCCUUUUCCUCUGAGAACAUAUAUUCUAAUGAUGAAUCCUCAUUGAGGCUAUACCUACCCAAUAAUUCGAUUUCGGAGAUUCAAAGACAGAAAAUAUGCUUUACAACCAUCCAAGAUUGUUGUGAAGACCUUGUAAGACUUUUGGUUGAGCUUGAAAAGACUUCUUCCACAAAUUAUAACUCCAAUCAAUAUUUCCCACAGGGGUGGAAGAAUACACUUCUUCUCCUCCUCUCAAACUGUAUUGCUAUGGACUCCAUCCAAUUUUUCAAUAAAAAUAACCAGGAAACAAAUGAACCAUUUACAAGUUCAUUUCUUCAACAAAUUUGGCCAGAAGUUUGGACUAGCCAUAAGAAUAAUAAAAACUUGUCUAAUAAAUCCAGCUCUAACAGGCCAUUUUCUACCUUUAUAGAAUUUGUUUCUCUAUUAAUCAAUAAUCUAAGAAUUUUAUCCAAAAGACAUGAACAUGAAAUUUUAAAGAGAUUAGAUGAUUUUCUUCCCUCUACACUCGAGUCAAGAAACACUUCUUGGGUUCUUAAAUCACAGGAGUUUAUACUUUUGAGCCAAUUAGAUCAAUUCAAAAUUUCAAAAGAUAUUGAUAUUGGUGAUGUUGAAAACGAAAAUCACAGGAUUUCAGAGCUUUGUAAUUGGAUGCCAUUUAAUUCAGAUUUAUUGUUCGGUGCGAAAAAUCAACAUGACCACUCUUUUCUUUCACUUUACUUGUUGUUUUUAAUUUAUAAUAAAAUACAUGUUUCCAGCCAAUCAAUUUCAAUAAAUUCUUCUGGAUUGGUUCCUUGUAUUACUGGUGAUGAGCAUAUCCAAAACCUAUAUGCUCUGAUUGAGAACUCAAAGUUUUCUAGACAAUGCUGUCAUGGAAGUCUUGUUUUUUGGAAUUAUAUAACGAUUAAUUGGAUUCGAAUGUCACCAUCUUUUCUUAGGAGAAUUAUUGAGUCAGAUUAUAUUAACUGCUUGCUUUCGCAAGAGGUGGUUUUAACUGCACUACAAGACUGUCAUCAAUUAUUCCUUGAUUUGAAGUUUGUAAGUCCACAAGUUUCUUUUAAUUUACAGCUUGAAAAGGCGUUUGAGAGAGCUGAACUAGUAAUCUCAAUAUUUUCUCUUUUACUUGAAAUUAUGAAUAGAGGUAUAUUGCCAAAAAACAUUCUUGCAGGUUAUGGCUCAAUAGAUAAUUUUGAAGUAAUUAUUGGCUGGAUUACCAAACUUGAGGCAUUUUUCUCCUCCUUGUUUGAUUUUUUCCUUAAACACCUGCUGUUUUGCCAACAAAAAAAAUCUGACUGGCAAUUCCACUCAGAAAACAACCAAUACAUGGCCAACUCUGGUAGAUUUGGGAGUAUUCUAGUCAUUGAAAAGUUCUCACCCAUACUUUGCUCUGUAUAUUCCUUGUUUUCAAAAGUUAUUAUUGCAGGAUACCAUAUUUCUGAUCUUAAAUCCAGAAUGAUUACUGGAACAGAGAAAACUGUUAAUCUAAACUCUUCAUUAAAACAUGUGAACGCUCAGGAACCCGAUACCAACUUUAUCAUGAUAAAUAUAUUACACUCUAGAACCGGUCAAAUCCUUGAAACAGCAUCCCAAAUGGCUUCAUUGAUACCUAAUUUUAAUCACCUAAACUCUUUAAUAUUCUCAUGUGUUUCUUGGUUUGAGUCUGAAGUGGAGUUUCUCUCACAUAAGUCUUCCAGAUCGGGAGUUGAAGUAUGCUUUAGUAUUCAAAAUUCACCCCCAAUUAAUCCUCUAAAGCUUAAACUCGAGAUUGCAAGAUGGCUUUCAAACUGCAUUUCAUAUUUAACUUCAUCUCUGAAAGAUGGAAUUGAAUCCAAACCUUCUCAUGUCGUACAAGACGUUGUAUCUGUACUUGCCAGAGCAUCUCUUACCAUUCUCCUAUGCAAUUCAAAAUAUUCAGAACCUUUAAAUUCAAUUUCAAGCAUUCUUUCUGCAGAAGACCCAUUUCAAGAAGCUGUAAAAAUAUGUAUAACCUCAAUUAAUUUUAUGUUAAGCUCAGAAAUAAAGAACAACUUUUUGAAUUCAAAAUUAUCUAAAACUUCCAGAAGCUGCAAAUCUGAGUUGGAAUUACUAAAAGAAAUAAAAAUAAAGCUGGAAAGUUUCCACCCGAUUCCUAAUUAA